AUCCUCCGGGGUAAAAUGGAGGCGGGGACCUACACGCCUUGGGAACCGGGCGACUUAAGUCACAUGACCGUUGAUCGAUGCACUGAACACUGCUGUAAAAGCCCGGAUACAGAUGUAGUGUUUCUACUGAACAGCUAUUGCUUCUGUGUGAAGUGCCAUUCUCUGGAAUCAUGUGCCAUGGUGAAAAUCACUCCACCCUCGACGUACAGACCUGUGAUUGUUACUGUAUUGAAACGAAACAACAAUGACAACAAGAAUAUAACUAGUGAUAAUGCAUUUCUAAGCUUCCUUCAACUACGCAACCUCUUUCGGCUACCAGGAGUUUCACGAGGCGGACCCAAUCUACAGAAUAUAGUACCCAACCAACCACCGUCAAAUUCGAACAAAAAGAAACAAAAGGAACUAAAAGACCCCAAGAUGCCAAAACAGAUCCCACCAAGAAGACGAGUGAUAGUGGAUUCAGACGAGGAAAUGGGACCGAAAUCAGCCAGGAAUGGAGACAGUCAAGCAGUUCGUAAACUAUUUCGUUUCUUUUCACGGAAGCAUAAUCCACAAACAGCUCUUGUUAUUCGCUACGCUAUCUGCUUUUUUCUCGGUGGACUUGUUGGACUUAUUCCUUACUUAGUUUUCGUGAUUGAGCUCUGUAAAGCUAACUUAGAAAUGAGAAAUCCCCAUCUUCCUUCAAUAAAUGGAUAUUCUAAACACAAAGAUGUACCCAAAAAUGAAGCUCUCACCUCUUUCAGUGAAAUUAGUAGUGCUCCUGUCAUCACUACAGCUUACGUUGAUGUAAACUUCACCACACUAAGUAGUAACUCAACUGGUAUCACGACACCCCGACCCACAAGAGUAGUGACAACAGAGAAAAAGGCUGAAGGGACAGGUAAUGACGACAUCUCUCUCCAGUGUUCCGGGACCAUAACGGUCAUUCGCGUUCGAGCGUUAGGGAUCCCUGGGGAUACUUCUACCGUGGACGAUUUCAACAAGCACUGCCAAGCGAAUCUUGGACAAGUGGAUGGGACAAAUGUAUGCAUUGUGAGCCUCAAACGGGUUUAUAAGUCCCGUUAUCCACCUUUCAUAAAGACUGUGGUCACUUAUACUUGUUCAUACACUGAGGAAAUCAGUUAGCGAUAGUCGUGAGGGAACAGGGUAGAGGCUUUAAAUACAACCAUAUGAUUCUCACGUGAUGAGGAGCAAUCCCCAGAGGAUUCCUAAUUGCCUCCCCCUCCCCACCACCGCCAAUUCUAAGAGAACAAUAGAAAUAGCUAAUAUGCGUAAAAUUGGUACUUUUUGUACGGUUAACGAAAACUGAUAGAUUACUCUCGGUUAUUUGGUUGUCUAAAGGGCGGAGCCCACAGAGAGGAAAAAUGAUAAACUUAAUUUGAUAUACUGAUGGACGUAAAUCCACUGGAAUGCUGAGAAUAUGAUUUCCUUCCUGAUCGAUGGUAUACAAAUACAAAAGAAAAGUUGUAAAAAGGAAACGUUGAUAUCAGAUGCAGAUACUGACGGUGGAUUUUAAAUGAAGACAAAAGUAAUGUAUUAUAAAAAUACGUAAAUUCAUUCACAAGGUUAAUCACUGGUUUAUUUCUCAAGAGUGGAUCAGCAGGAGGAACGGCAUACCAGUCAUGUUACGGUCAGAUUUUGCUAUAUUUUGAAAGGCACUUAUUAUGUUCAUAAUCACUUGCAUUUGCUUUAGCAAAUUGACAAAAGGACUAUUUUACGCUCCCUUGAUUACAAUAGCUUUCUUUUUUUAAUUAAACGAGGCUAAGAUAUACCUAGAUAUACUCAGAAGCUGCUCGGCAGAGUUGAUUUAUUGUUACCAGCCCCAUGUUAGUUAAGCAUGAUUGAAUUAAACGAAAAAGAAAAAAAGAAAAUUGCUUUAGUCGCUCAUCUGAUCAGAAGACACAAAUCAUGCUUCAUGAUCGUUUUUGUCAUGUCGAAGUAAGUUACACUGAUACCCAUUUCUGGUGAAGUGUUGUAAU